UGUGGCGCGGAGUUAGUGGCUGAGGGGCCCUGGAGCGCUCGGGCUCUGCGUCGCGAGAGGAAUAGAGAACGCGGGUCCCGGGAGCCGAGGCACCCUGUCCUCUUUCCACUGAACCUCCCUGACACGUGUGGCACGGAGCUGGACAUGGAGUCGCAGCAGAGGUCCCCCUUGUUGGCAGUAAAGGGGAACAUAGAGUUGAAGAGACCCCUGGUCAAGGCCCAUUCCCGGCUGCCUCUCCCAGGAAGGAGUUUUAAGAGAGGGCGUGACCAGAUGGAGGAUGUCUUGGAGCCUGAGAAGAAAAGGACACGAGGCCUGGGCACAGCUUCCAAAUUUGCUGCAUCCCAACCCAGAGCACAGGUCCGCACCACAGUGCCACAGGCACAAGGCCAGACUGCAGCUCCAAAACUUCCCAAGAAGACAGGACUCCGAUGUUCCACAGCUGUUGCCACAGUGUUGAAGAAUCAGAAGCCAGACCCUGCUGCUCCUGCGCAGAAGCCUGGCACAGCAGCUGCUUCUCCCAAGCUUGAAGGGAAGAAACCCAAGAAACGUCCAGCCUGGGACUUAAAGGGUCAGUUAUGUGACCGAAACGCAGAGCUGAAGUGCUACCGUGAGAAGGCUCGGACUUUGGACCAGGAGAACCAGCAGCUUCAGGACCAGCUCAGGGAAGCCCAGCAGCAGGCGAUGGACCUGGGGGCAGAGCGCAGGACACUAGAAGAGGAGUUGUCCAGGGUACGGGCCCAGGCUGAGCAGGGCCAACGGGAGCUGGGGAACCUGAGUGCUCAUGUCCUGGAUCUAGAAGAGCGGCUGAGUACACAGGAGAACUUGGUGGAAGAGCUCCAGAAAGAACAAUUGGGGUUGCAGGAGGAGCGGAGGGGACUGGCCACCCGGCUAGAGGAGCAGGAGAGGAGGCUUCAGGCAUCAGAAGCAGCUCUGUCAGGCAGCCAAGCAGAGGUGGCAUCUCUACGCAAGGAGGCUGCAGCCCAGGUGGCUUUACUAGCUGAGCGGGGAGAACGUCUCCAUUGGCUAGAGAUGGAGCGCCGACGACUACACAACCAGUUACAGGAGCUCAAAGGCAACAUCCGUGUUUUCUGUCGGGUCCGCCCAGUCCUUCCAGGGGAGCCCACUCCACCCCCUGGCUUCCUCCUGUUUCCCUCUGGCCCUGGUGGGUCCUCUGAUCCUUCAACCCACCUCAGCCUCUUCCGGUCUGAUGAGCGGCGUGGGACCCUGAGUGGGGUGCCAGCUGCCCCCACCCGCUAUGACUUCUCCUUUGACCGAGUAUUCCCACCAGGGAGUGGACAGGACGAAGUGUUUGAGGAGAUUGCCAUGCUUGUCCAGUCAGCCCUGGAUGGCUACCCCGUAUGCAUCUUUGCCUAUGGCCAGACAGGAAGCGGCAAGACCUUCACAAUGGAGGGUGGGCCUGGGGGAGACCCCCAGUUGGAGGGACUAAUCCCCAGGGCCCUGCGGCACCUGUUCUCCGUGGCCCAGGAGCUGAGCAGCCAGGGCUGGACCUACAGCUUUGUGGCAAGCUAUGUGGAGAUCUACAAUGAGACUGUUCGAGACCUCCUGGCCACUGGGACUCGGAAGGGACAGGGGGGUGAUUGUGAGAUUCGCAGGGUAGGGCCAGGGAGCGAGGAGCUUACUGUCACCAAUGCCCGCUAUGUUCCUGUCUCCUGUGAGAAAGAGGUAGAGGCUCUACUCCAUCUGGCCCGCCAGAACCGGGCUGUAGCCCGCACAGCCCAGAAUGAGCGCUCAUCACGCAGCCACAGUGUGUUCCAGCUGCAGAUCUCUGGGGACCAUGCUGGACGGGGCCUACAUUGUGGGGCCCCCCUCAAUCUUGUGGACCUGGCUGGGAGCGAACGACUAGACCCUGGCUUAGCCCUUGGUCCUGGAGAGCGGGAACGCCUUCGGGAAACACAGGCCAUUAACAGCAGCCUGUCCACACUGGGGCUCGUCAUCAUGGCUUUGAGCAACAAGGAGUCCCAUGUGCCAUACCGGAACAGCAAACUCACCUAUCUGCUGCAGAACUCUUUAGGUGGAAGUGCUAAGAUGCUCAUGUUUGUGAACAUUUCCCCCCUAGAAGAGAACGCCUCUGAGUCUCUCAACUCCCUACGCUUUGCCUCCAAGGUGAACCAAUGUGUUAUUGGUACUGCCCAGGCCAACAGGAAAUGAAGACCGAUCCAGAUUCUCUGAGAGUGAUGAUGGUGGGGCUAAGGGAUGCUUUUUGGGGGAUGGAGGGUACAAUGUGUUAUGUGGGCCUAGCAAAUAAAAGUGUUUUUUUCCUCUCUUAAUAAAGAUUUUGUUAGCAGUUGCCCAAGAAAGGAGAUAUUUUUCAUAUCUGUGAAGAUGGGAACUGUCACUCUACCCAGCAUUUACGUGUUUUGCAGAGUUACAGCCUCUUUUCUCCUGACAAGCCGUCCUAUGUAGUCUGGGGGCCCUUCAGCUCCCAUACCCCUGUCGGCCACCUGUAGGAGGUGUGACCCUUAGCUCUCCCGCUUGCCGCAGACUAUCUU